AUGUCCCUCAAAAGAUCGCAUAGCCAGUGGCCUGAAGGUAUCCCCUCAUUUAUCCGCCAACACAAAGAACCGGUUGAAUGGAAAGACAUUGAUGCUGCCACUCGUGCAUGGAGGCAUUUUGUUCGUGAGCGGUGGGUCGGCGGCGACACCGCAGAUCAACAGAAACGAGAUUUGAUCGAACAAUGGGCAACAGCAGACCAAGAAUUUCGAGAUGGCUAUCAAUCUCGAGCACCAGAAGAUGAGCCUAGCUUUUUUGAUGGCCCUGAAAUGAAGGCCCUACUGGCCAAGGCUAUCCUAGGGUUAUUUCCAUGGGAGGAAGGCUGGGAAUUUUAUGGGGAAGAAAUGGUGAUGUUUUUACCUCUAGAAGGUAACCAAGAUAUUCUCGAAACUUUCAAGCUCCAGCAAAGCGUCGCCCGGCCCCAUUUUCUCGAUAUGCACAUGGCGCUAGAUGGAACAGUGCUUUUCAAGUAUUGUGGUCCUAAUCUGAUUAUUGACGACCGAACCCUAGAGACCGGACUGGGGCUUUGGGUUGAGUUCGACACAAAUGGCGUUUACAGAACAGCCUACCGGGUCCAAAUUAUGUCGUCAGAUCAUGCUGAUCUGUAUCGUUACGUUGGUCCUGGUAAUCAGAAGCCAUUAUGGCUUGCGUUCGAAUAUAUUGAGAGCUAUUACUAUCCUAAUCUUCCUGAGGACAGGGAUCUGAAGCUUAUCUUAGAGGAUAAGCCGGUGGAUAUGCGAAAGGCAAUCGUGGAUAUCUACAUGGGUGGGGAUGUCAACCUAGUGGAUGAGUAUGCUCCUGGCUUUCGUGAGGCAGAGGAGGCUGGCAAUGGCCUAGCGAUUGGAUUUGAUCUGCGAGGGAUACUUGCGAAUGAUGGAAGUCCCUUGAAAAUCAUAGAUUAUGAAAGACCUUAA